GAUUUCAUACUUUUUGCUGUUGCAUGUCGUCAAAACAUCGCGAAAGGCAAAUGUCGGCAGUUGCAAUUGUUGUACUUUGAUAAUUGUUGAAAGGAUGACUCAAAUCACCCAUAUGAUUCAACUCCUGGACUCCGCAGUCAAUGACCGACCUCAACCUCGACCGCUUCUCUUCUACUGUGGAUUUACAAGAGCCCAGUGAUGAGCAGCAAGCGGCGGCAACCUCUUAUCCUUGCGCAGAAGACUCUAAAUGCAUCAAUCGAACCACCCAUCCCAUUCAUCACAGCGCGCCGAUUCUGGAACCUCGUCUACCUCUACCUCGGACUCACAGCUGCCUCGGCUCUCGUUGCGCGCCUCGCAUGUCGUCCGAUCCUGGCACAAUUCCUAGCUGCGCGUCUUGCUCAGACGGCUCGUUCAAGAGAUCUCACGGCUGGCUUUGUGGAGCGUACAGGAGAGGCUAUCAACAUCAAUCGACAGGAACCAGGCGGUGUUGUGGUGGAUACAACAAGACACAAGUUGCUCGUACACAGCUAUACUCAGACUGUCGAGGAUAUACCAGAGACAAGUGCGAAAGAGGUGUCUGUUGACGAUGCAAAGAAGAGCGCGACGGUGGGACCUGAUGCCACGUUGACGCAUUUCACGCCGUCGAUAUCGACCAUGAGAAGCGAUGGCGAGGCAGAUGCAUACAGCGGACUGUUACGAUGCAGUGCAGCAUUCGAAGAGUAUCUUGACAGCUUGAAUGAAAUGGCAUACCAGCGGAGUUAUACGACUCCUGGAGCGCAUGACAGUACAGACAAGGGCAUUCAGAAGUGCAAAGCAGAUAUCAGAAGCGUCGAGGGAUCUGUAUUGAAUGCAAGGAACUUUUCAAGUCGGAUGUCAUCGCAGCAGCAGCAGCAUUACAAACAGGCAAGUCUGGCCGACUUCAAGACAGAGUCUGCUGUUGCUCUUUCAUAAGUCGUAUCUACAUAUGCAUUGCAUCCAAUCCUCCAACCUCCAAACGUAGUCGUUGGUAAUCUACAGAAGCUUGCCCCAG